AUGGAGAAGACUCAGCUGGCUGCGAUGUGCUUCCUGCUCUCGGCAUUUGUGGCCAGCCAGGCCUUCCAAUGUAUGUCCUCCUCAAACUGUUGUAAAGAGACGACACUCAAUGAAGUCGUGAAGGAACUCAACAGCCAUUCCUCCCAGUCUGCCCAUUCCACCCAGUCUGUUCAUUCCGCCCGAUCCUCCAGGUCUGCGUCUUCCUCUGACAACUGCAGCGCGAUUACUGGUCUAGGGAAGAACAUGGCCUCCAGUUCUCCUUGGCGAUAUGUGGAAGACAUUGAGGAUUCCCGCUACCCUCGACUCCUCUGGAGAGCCGAGUGCAUCUGCCAAGAUUCCUGCGUCUCCUUGAGGCACCCUGUGAAAAAGGUCACCCAAAAGACCUUCGUCCAGAAGGAGGGAAACGGAGUCUCCGAACCGAUCUUUGCCGACACAACCGUCUACUAUCGAAGGCGUUGUGAGAAUGACCACAAGUCAUUCUACCUUGAGCGGCGGAAAUAUCCUUUGCCCGUGGCCUGCACCUGUGUGGCCACACAGUGA